UGUUCCCUGCGGCCACAGUGUUUUCAACGGGACUCAACUUACUACUUACUGGACUCCAUGGCCGCUUGACCCAGGCUCAAAUAUCCCCCUGCCGUUAUCCUUCGUUGGAAUCACUUGCAACAACUUUUUUUUUCCAGACAAACUUUCGCCUUGUUUCGUGUAGAUUUUAUGUCCAGGAACGAGGAUGCAGCCGCCGCCGAGAAAGGUCCGGGUCACCCAGGAGCUGAAACACACUCAUGCCGAGCAGAUGAGCAGAUUACAGAUCAAACACCAGACAGAAUGUGACCUUCUGGAAGACCUGAGGACCUUCAGCCAAAAGAGGGCAGCUAUGGAGAGGGACUACGCCCAGGCCCUGCAGAAGUUGGCAAAUCAGUAUCUGAAGAGGGAAUGGCCAGAAAGCGUGACAGAAGAACAAGUAGAUCACAGGAACAUGUAUUGUGUGUGGAGGGCCUAUUUGGAGGGCACAGUCCAGACCACCCAGUCCAGAAUCAGCGCUUGUGAUAACUACAAAGUCCAGGUCGCCGAUCCGGCAAAGACGGCACGACUGCAGAAGGAGCAGCAGCUCAGAAAGUGCAUUGAGCAGCUGACAGUGGUCCAAGCUGAGCUGCAGGACUCGGUGAAAGAGCUGACCAAGAGCAGGAAGAAGUACCAGGAGGCCGAGACGAUGGCGCAGGCCGUCCGAGAGAAGGCAGAGCUGGACGCCAAGUCAAAGCUGAGCCUCUUCCAGUCCAGAUCCAGCCUACAGAGGGCCAGCGUAAAGCUGAAAGCCAAGAGGAGCGAGUGCAACUCCAAAGCCACCCACUCCAGAAACGACUACCUUCUGACGCUAGCAGCCGCUAAUGCUCACCAGCAGCGCUACUACAACACAGACCUCAUGGACUGCAUCAAGGUCUUAGAUGGCAGAAUCUAUGAGCAGGUAAAAGAUUACCUGGUCUCUCUGUGUCAGACUGAGGUUGAAACUUACCAGGCGGUCCACAACACCUUCAACCAGCUCUUGAACAGCUCACAUGGGGUUCUGCAGGAGUUUCACCAGCAGCUGUUUGUACAGAAGAACCCGACGUUUCAACAAGCCUCAGACUUCUUGUACCAGCCCAUCGACUCCGAUACGGUGAUGCAGCUGCAGAAGGAGAGUGGAACAGCGGAGGAGCACAGUCUGGAUAAGGAGGCGAGGAAAUGGGCGAGUCGCGUGGCUCGAGAAUACAAGAGCAUCAUCCACACACAGAGGGCCCUGGAGGAAUAUGGGACGCAGGAGUCGUCGGAGCAUAACAACAGCGAGCUUGAGACCAAGAUGGAGGUGGCCAGGCAGAGUCUUCGGAGGGCAGAGACGGUGAAAGUGAAAGCAGAAGCCCGUCUGGACUUGCUGAGGCAGGCGGGAGUCGCCGUGGAAACGUGGCUGAAGAGCGCGAUGAACCAAGUGAUGGAGGAGCUGGAGAACGAACGCUGGAAUAAUCUCAGUACCCAUGAUCCUUCACUGUCUGGAACAGCAGAUUUGGAGCGAGAGGACGAGGAGGAGAUGGAGGACAGCGGUGAAGUGUUGGACGACAGCAGCUCCAGCCCCUCCAGCACCCUGAAAAACUAUCCGCUCACCUGCAAAGUGCUUUAUUCCUACAAGGCAUCUCAACCAGACGAGCUGACCAUUGAGGAGCAGGAAAUCUUGGAGGUCAUAGACGAUGGAGACAUGGAGGACUGGGUCAAGGCCAGAAACCGCAGCGGUCAGGUGGGUUACGUCCCGGAGAAAUACUUGCAGCUGCCUUCCUCCAACAGCCUGCUGAGUAUGCUGCAGUCUCUGGCGGCGCUGGACGCCCGAUCCCACUCCUCCAGUAACUCCACCGAACCCGAAACCGAACUCCCGACCGGCUCCGUCAACGGAGACUCCAGCGUGUCGUUCGCGAAGGCCUUGUACGACUACGCGGGACAAACGGACGACGAGCUGUCGUUCCCAGAAGGCGCCAUCAUCCGCAUCCUGAGCAGAGAGACUCACGAGGACGACGGCUUCUGGGAAGGAGAGUUUAACGGCGUCGUCGGCGUCUUUCCUGCCGUUCUGGUCGAAGAUCUCACCGGUGCCAGUGAGAACGGAGACGGACAAAGAGACAGCAGUGCACAGGCUUCGCCCUCCACUUUGGCGCAGUGCGACCGCUCCCCUCGCAGCCCCUUCCAGCCGGGUCCUCUCCACAGCAGCCCCCUCCAGACGCCCACCAUGUCCUCUCCAGCAUCCAGUCCCUGCAGCGCCACGGCCUCUCCCAUUGGCCGACCGCCCUCCUAUCACAACGGACAUCACAGGCCGCCGCCAGCUCCACACAAAAGCCCCUUUCACAGUCCGGCACAAGGCUCCCCUCAACCCCCCAAAUACCCAGAAACUGGCGCCAGCACCAUCAGACCUGUCCGUGCUGCUCCUCCGCCCCCAAAGCAACAUCCUCGAGGGCAGGUGAAGCGGAGGGAGGAGGUGGAGAUCACGCUGGUGUGAAGGCUUCACCCCGGUUCGAACCAGCCGGAACACAAACGCACUCCCAAAGGAAACCCAAGGAAACUUAAAGCCCCUGAAGACGCCUGGAGGCCGGAGAAGCCCGACACUCAGAGCUCAGAGGGUCAGUGUGCUGUGGAGGAAUCUUGUGCCUUUCUAGUUUCAUCUCCUGGUUUCUCUCACUGCUUCGCCUGAUAAACUUCCUGUCCUGCUCUUCUGCCUGGACAGGAAUCAUUUUUGUCCCGAAAAAUAGACUGAACAUUCACAGACAUGCUUUCGCCCCGGUCAUUAAUAAAAUAAUAACUGUACUAUGAUAUAUGUGCAGAAAAAAUACAGUUUAAGGUAAAUGAACAUUAUUAGACACAGUCAUUUGAUCUUUUGGGAAUUAUCCGUUUUGUUGCAGAGAAUUAAAUGAGAAGAUCAAUGAAACCUUGACAGUCAGGAGGUGAUUAGCUUGGAUUAGCUUGUCUUAGCUUAGCACAAAUGAAAAUGAGGAAAACAAUCCACUUGGUUCUGUCAGAUUAUAUAAAAACACCUCUAAGCUGGGGCAAUAAAACAAUAUCCCCUUUGUUUAAAGGCUUAGUCACAGCAAAAAGCAAAUAGUGAAUCAUUUUAUUUUAUUUUCAUUUAUGUUGUGUAUUUUUAUACAGCUGCUUUUAGACAGGAGUCAGCGGUACAAAUAGAUCAUUUUAAUCAGGUGUGUGUUAAAUUUAUUGCCCUAUCAGAGACCCAGUUAACCUGGAGGGCUUUUUUCGCAGAAACACACAAGUUCUUAUCACCUCUUUUUCUCAGCUUGCUGUCAGCUUAAGCUGCAUUUGCACCAAAUGCGUGUUCCUGUCAGAUCACGUUGUAUUUCUGGUGUUUAGCUCGCAAACACUAUGAGGAAAAGUCAAGAAGCUGCUGCUGUGAUCGCUCACCAGAGUUAUAGAGUCUCAUUUUCCAGUUCUUACAAACCAUUUUGAUACUUUUUUGGCCUUUAAACCUGCGGAACAAAAACAUGUUGUUUUUUAGCUGGGUUUAGAUCAGGUAAAUACAGAUGCAGCUUCACUCAGCUUCGUAUCUCGCAGCCUGAGAUCUGCAUCAUUGUGUUUCAGGUUAUUCCUCUUGUAGAUGUGACCUCUUGGUUCCUCCUGAGUCAUUUUCCACCAACUACACUUUUCAAACAUCAUGCAGCCUGAACUGAAGCACAAAUAUCCAUGUCAUGUAGAAAAUAUUUAAUGCAGAUUUUAACCCACGAUUGCUGAGAAAAGACUGAAAUUCAAUAUGAAGAACCAGAUUUUUGUGCUUUUUCCAGGAUGUAAACACAUUAGUGAACAUUGGAGGUUUAAGUAGGUCUGUUAUGAGUUUUGACAGAGCCAGCUGUUUAAGCUAAUCACCUCCUGGCUACAGCUUCAUAUCAACACCUUCUUAAAAUAAUGGCCCAAGUUAUUUUUUCAGAAAACACAAAUAACUGAACCUUGACCUUAUACUACAGCGGUAGAAUCGCACGAUCUGUUCUACUGAGGAUGUAGUUGAUUCUUCGAGCGGUGGCCAACAUCAUGAGGAGAAGAGUUAGGCAGAAAAAAUCUGUUUAGUUCUGCCAUUAUUUUAGGAAGUUACAAUAUUUUACUCUCUGCAAGAAAACAAAUAAACCUUUUCCCCCAAAAUGUUAAAUUAUUCCUUUAACCGACUCCCAACCACAGUGACUCAAAUGUCAGAACAGCUGCAUUGUUUCAUGAGGUUGUGGAUCUCGUAGUUAAAGUACACAUUUUCAUACAAGAUUUGUUCUAAAUUAAUGUUUUAGUAAUAUUUCGCCCGUGUCCUCCCGCCCCACCAGUUGUGUCUCGCUGCGUGGCGCUCUCUCUGUUUCUACAACGCUCGGAUUACUUCUAUGCAACAGAGCUACACUCGGCAGCAUGUUGUGAGGCUCCGACACAAAAAACCAAAAGCCUGGUUGUCUCCGCGCUCGAUCAAAACGCCAGCACGGCCGAGGCUGGUCCUCUCCGCCGUCUCUCGUAGCCGUACACGGUUACACAAACAAGGGAAAAGUGGCAAUUUUUAGCUGUGAUUGUUUUGUCAAUAGAAACGAUCAAAGUAAUGGAUCCCUCGUUAUUCUUUUGUUUUUGUUAUUGUCGUUUUUAAAACCCUUCUUCUCGUGUUUAGUUUUCUUUGCACCAAAUGCAAAGAUAAAGUUUAAGGGAGAAACGUAGUGCAUACACACAUAGUCUAACUUUUUUUGUUGUUGUAAAAUAAAGAUCUAGAGAUGUUAUUAUGACACUAACGAAGCCAGCAUCGGUGGCUGGUGUCGGUUCGUCGAGGUUGCAGUUAGUGACAGUUUACACUGAGGUCAUGUGCAGUUUAAACACGCCUUUAUAUUUAAGGAGGAAACCAUCCUGAGCUGCUAGCUGUCCAAUUCAAAUCUAUACUGUCAUAGUGAAGCACUUUUUGAUGUCUUCUUAUUCCUUUUCAGUAUUGUGGAUGCUACGUUGUUUGUUCAAUAUUUCUUGUUUGACGUUUGUUUACCAGCUGUAUUGGUAUGAAUACUUUCCUUUUAUCGGCUCUUGUGUUAUUUAGCCUUAAAUAGCCAUUGUAGUGUCUUUGAUUGAGAUUGAGAUAUGACUCUUUGAUCGUAUUGUUUUUGAAAUAUAGUUUACAGAGAGCUUGGAGAUGGAUAUCUGUACAAAUAAUAGCACAGCUUUUUGUUUUCUUUUUGUUUUAUUUUUAGUGUUAGGAUAUAAGAAAAACCUAUUAAACCAUAGUUGAAUUUGAUCAGAGGAAAAGAGAUAUCUGUCAGCCAUGUUGCUGUGUUCUCGUUGAUCUCCUUGAGAUCUGAAUGACAUCAAACUUAUUUUUGAAGUUUGCAUUUACCCUGUUGUAUUAAAAAAAUAAAAGAAGAAGAUAGUCGUCAGACUGAAGUCUCUUUUCCAUUAGAGAAGUUGUUAACUUGCUACUGGUCCUGAUUCCACGUAAAUCUGAAAUUCAGUGAAAAAAUGCCCAUAUUUUACAACGUCAGCUCCGCAGAGGCUGCAGAGCGUCGUAUUUACACACCAGUGGAUGUUUAACUGUAUUUAUUGUGUACAAAUAAAUGUGAAAUAAAGAUAGCUUAAUGGAAAACAA